AUGUCGGCGAGGACAAGUCUCACGUUCCAGCGCCGGAAACGGACGGGCCGGAAAGGUCGCGGCAGGAUGGCGGCGGCAGCUGGACUGAACGACAGCGACACGGACGGGGAGUUCAUCGAGCCCUGCGAGUUCUGCGGCUCCUACGAGCGAAAACUCAAGAAGCUCUUCCUCGCGCUGAACGAGAAACUUCAGAACGACAACGAAGCGCUGAGAAAGGAGCAGCAGGACCUUGACCUCCAGGUCAAGAACCUCAAAAGAGACUUAAAGAAACUUACCGAGGAGAAGGACACAGCUUUAGCGGAAACAGACAUUUACAGACAGUCUAUAGAACAGCUGAAUAAAAAGUUUGACGAGGUGGAGAGGAAAUGUUACGAGGCAAUGCGAGAAAAGAAGGACGUGAAGAACAAACUUGUGGACGUGACGAAGGACAAGGACACGUACGUCUUAAAGGAGUACGAGACGUCUAAGAAGUUCCGGGAGUUCCAGGAGAAGUCGAAGGGAGAUCUCGAGACGCUGCAGAAGGCGGUGAAGAAGGAGCAGAUGAGGUUUGAUCGCGAGACGAAGGCGCUGAAUGAGAUGAUACAAGACAUGGAGCGGACGAUCCGGAGACUCGAGCGCGGCCCGAAUAAGGAGACGCGCGAUACUCAGACAGAACUGCCGGAAAUCGCCGUCAUUUUCGAGGGAGAGAUCAAGAAGCUAGAGAAGAUUAUCAAGCACAAGGACAACACGAUCGACUCCAAGCAGCGCGAGAUCCACGGCAAGGAGCGGGAGUUGCACUCCAAGGUGCGCAGGAUGGAGCUGCUGGAGAAGAAAGCGGACGAGGCCGCGGGGGAAAAGAUCCACAUGCAGAUGGACCUGAACAAGGUGCGCGUGAAGCUGGCGUACUACGAGGCUGAGUGCCGCAGGGUGAAGAAGGAGAACAGCAAACUGAAAGCGCUGCAGCAGAAAGAGCAGCAGCAGCAGCACCCGCACAGACAGGGCGUGCCGCAGAGCGCCCGGCCGGCCAACGGGGGUGCCAUUAACGGACUCGCCAUCAAGGAGGCAAUCUGAGAAGUGGCUCCGCCCCUUUGGCGUUGCCA